AUGUGGGAUCUUCGGCGAGCAUCGAAGCGGCACAGCCUGAUGGCAGUCAAGCUGGAUAUGGAGCGAGCUUACGACAGGAUCAGGUGGAGUUUUCUCCAGCGGACACUGGAGGCGUACGGCUUCCACAGGCAGUGGAUUGGUUGGAGAGUGUGCUCCAGCUGGGAGCUGGAGGCCUAUGUCCCAGCACCGGAGGCCCGACCUAUCUUCCACUUACUUUUUGCUGAUGAUUGUCUUCUUCUGAUCAGGGCAUGGAUUCCAGAGGCUCGGGUCCUUCGCAGGGUGGUGGCGGACUACUGCGCGGCAUCCGGUCAGAGAGUGAAUUUGCUUAAGUCUGCCAUUUCUUUCAGCCCCAGCACGGAGAGCAAAGUCAGACAGGAGAUUAGAGAGAUAUUACAGAUAUCGGAGCAAGAGAGGAUGCUGACCUACCUAGGUGUCCCUAUCACUGGCCGGAGGCUACGGGUGGCAGAGUGCUCGGGCUUGGUGCAGCGGAUCCAGAGUAGGUUGGAGGGAUGGAUGGUGUCCUCCCUAUCCAUGAUGGGAAGAGUGACAUUGGUCAGAUCGAUGUUAGGAUCCAUACCGGUGUAUCUUAUGGCCAACACAGUGGUACCGAAGAUGGUUCUGUUAAGGAUCGAGCGCCUUCCUCGGAGCUUCUUGUGGGGGUCAUACAAUGGAGGCCACGGAGUGCACCUGGUGGCUUGGGAGCAGGUUUAUCUUCCUACUAGUGAGGGUGGUCUAGGAGUGCAGUCCCUCAUAGAGAGACACGAGGCGUUCAUUGCUCGUUACGCGGCUCGGUUUAUGUUAGAGCCACACGGCCUCUGA